AAUUAUAAACUUAUUUUUUAGUGACAUGUCUGUCCUCAUCGGUACUGACACUGUCGGCCAUCUCAUGCGACCGUUUUGUGGCCAUUCUGUACCCAUUGAGAGCCCGGUUCACGAAACAACGGACAGCCCUUAUAAUAACCAUCAUUUGGAUUGUCUCGAUGUUUAUAUCGAUCCCAUUCUUCUUAUACCGAAAGCACCACAUCAUUGAAUGGCACGACUUCACCGAAAGCCGGUGUAUCGAGACGUGGCCGACACCCCGGUUCUGGGACUCCCAUAGAAAACAAUGCGUUACUUUGAAUACUUAUAAACAACUUUAUUAUUCAAUCGUCACAAUUAUGCUAUUCUUCAUACCGGU